AUUCAGGCGUUUAAAUUCGAAUUUCAAACGGAUUUUCUAAAAAGCAGUUUUUAUUCUUUUGUUCUAUAAUUCGAUAAGCAAAAUGGCUAUUCCUUUACCCGAAAUUUUUCUAAAUUCAGACUUGGAUCGACUUUUCAGUAACAAGCGUGUAAUCUUGUUAGGCGAUUCUAACGUAAGAGCAAUUUACAAAGAUCUAGUAGCUCUGUCUCAAGAUAAUUUAUUCAGUACCGAAUCAGGAUUGAAAGCGAAAAUGGAAGAUUCUUUUAUGGGCGAUAAAUUAAUCUAUUGCGAUAAAUUAACGAUUGAAAGGAUUUAUAAAGAAGAAAGGUUAUAUCAGUUUAAAGAUUAUGAGAUAAGAUUCUUUUUUAUAACAAGAGUUUAUGACGAUUAUAUGGAAAAUAUUCUAAAAAUCUUACAACGAAAUACAGUAGAUAUAGUGCUUAUUAAUUCCUGUUUAUGGGACAUUACACGAUGGGGCCCGAAAGGAGUAGAAAAUUACAAGAUAAAUCUGCAAAUUAUAGCCAGGAAAUUUCGUGAAAUUCUUCCAGAAGAUUGCUUAGUUAUCUGGUUAACCACAUUACCGAUAUCGCAAGAUGUGAAAGGAGGAUUUCUGGUGCCAGAGUUGGAAUUCCUGAAGUUUUCACUUAGAUUUCAUGUAAUGGAAGCCAACAUAUACGCUCGAAAGGUAUUCAACAAGUAUGGUUUGGACAUAUUAGAUCUUCAUUAUCGUUUACAAAUGCAUAUACAUCAGAGGAAAAAGGACGGAAUUCAUUGGGAAGCUAAAGCAGUUAGACACAUGACCAAUUCUAUUCUAACGCACAUUUCUUUAGCUUGGAAUGUAAAGUUGCCUUCUAUAUUUAACAAGCACAUGAACGUAAAAGAUGAAAGGAACUUAGAAGAAAAGGAUAAUAAGAAAAACACUAUAGAAUAUAAUAUAAUAAGUAAGUACAAAAUUGACAGAAGAAAGAUUCCUGAUAACAAUUAACAUGGAAUUUUGAUUAAGAAUUUUUCAUAUUUGACUUGAAGUAUCAUUACAAUAUUUAACGUAAACUGUCUAACAAUUUGUUAACGUCUUCAUAUUGAAAGUUUGUUUAAUCAAUGUUUCAUUAUUGUCAGAAUUGUAUUUCAAUGUGAUUUAUGUAAAAUUCAUUACAAAUCAAUACUAAAUUUUAACAUUGUUGUUUUUUUUCAAUCAAGGAAAGAAUUUGAGUUGCCACUUUUAACUUUCAUAGAUAAAUACU